AUGCUUUCUGACAAGGAGUUGUACGACCUCAAUAAGAAGGCCGUGAGCCAAGGGUUCAAUAUAAAGCCUAGGCUCAACUACAACACGGUUGGCGGUGUCAAUGGACCUCUGGUCAUUUUAGAGAAGGUGAAGUUUCCCCGCUACAAUGAAAUUGUGAAUUUGACGCUUCCAGACGGUACCAUCAGGCAGGGUCAGGUCUUGGAAGUCAGAGGCGACAGAGCCAUCGUUCAAGUGUUUGAAGGUACUUCCGGUAUCGAUGUGAAGAAGACGUCGGUUGAGUUCACCGGCGAAAACCUAAGAAUUCCAGUUUCAGAGGAUACUUUGGGUCGUAUCUUUGAUGGCUCUGGUAGGCCUAUCGACAAUGGCCCAAAGGUGUUUGCGGAGGACUACUUGGACAUCAACGGUUCACCCAUCAACCCUUAUGCUCGUAUCUACCCAGAAGAAAUGAUCUCGACCGGUGUCUCUGCUAUUGACACCAUGAACUCCAUCGCGCGUGGUCAAAAAAUCCCAAUUUUCUCAGCUUCGGGUCUACCUCACAAUGAAAUUGCUGCUCAGAUCUGUAGACAAGCCGGUCUUGUUAGACCCACUAAGGAUGUUCAUGAUGGCCACGAAGAGAACUUCUCCAUUGUUUUCGCCGCCAUGGGUGUCAACUUGGAAACCGCAAGAUUUUUCAAGCAAGACUUCGAAGAGAACGGUUCUUUGGAGAGAACCUCCUUGUUUUUAAAUUUGGCCAAUGACCCAACCAUUGAAAGAAUUAUCACUCCAAGAUUGGCUUUGACCACCGCCGAAUACUUAGCGUAUCAGACCGAACGUCACGUCCUGACCAUUUUAACUGAUAUGUCCUCAUACGCUGAUGCUUUGAGAGAAGUUUCUGCUGCAAGAGAGGAAGUUCCAGGUAGAAGAGGUUAUCCUGGUUACAUGUAUACUGAUUUGUCCACAAUCUACGAGAGAGCUGGUAGAGUCGAAGGCCGUAAUGGUUCCAUCACGCAGAUUCCAAUUUUGACUAUGCCCAAUGAUGACAUUACACAUCCAAUUCCGGAUUUGACUGGUUAUAUCACGGAGGGUCAAAUUUCCGUUGAUCGUCAAUUGCACAACAAGGGUGUUUACCCACCAAUUAAUGUUUUGCCAUCGUUGUCGAGAUUAAUGAAGUCUGCCAUUGGUGAAGGUAUGACUAGAAAGGAUCACGGCGAUGUCUCUAACCAACUGUACGCCAAAUACGCUAUCGGGAGAGAUGCCGCUGCCAUGAAAGCCGUUGUUGGUGAAGAAGCCUUAUCUAUUGAAGACAAACUCUCUUUAGAAUUCUUGGAAAAAUUCGAAAAAACUUUUAUUUCUCAAGGAGCCUACGAGGACAGAACAGUGUUCGACAGUUUGGAUCAAGCAUGGUCGCUCUUGAGAAUCUAUCCAAAGGAGAUGUUGAACAGAAUUUCUCCAAAGAUUUUGGACGAAUUUUACGACAGAACCAGGGACGAUGAUGACGAAGAGGAAGAAGAGGAAGAUCCGGACAAGAAGCCUCAGGAGGAUUCUUUGAUUUAA